AUGCAUCACCGCAUCCCGGAGGCGGUCGAUCUCAAGCACGGGACAUCGUAUGUCGACAUUGCAAAGGCACGCAACGUAGACCAAUCGUUCCUUGAGCGCAUGAUUCGCUUCUGCACGCAUGACUUGAUCUUCCAGGAACUCGUCCCAGGACAUGUCUCUCACACUGUGUCAUCAGCAGCGCUGGUCACCGACACUGGCUUGAGAGCUCUGGUGUAUUUGAACGUGGAGGACACGGCUCGCGCCUGCACAAAGCUGAUCGAAGCUCAAGAGAAAUGGCCAAACAGUGAAGAGUCAACUCACAGUCCGUGGAAUGUCGCAUACGACACUAAUGUCCAUGUGUUCGCAAGUCGAUCUGGGCCCAACUACGAGGAAUGGGCAAAGGCCUUCAGCGACAUGAUGGAGUACGACAACAAGCAGCCUCUGUAUAACUUGAGACAUGCUGUGGAAGCUUAUGACUGGCAUAAUGUGGACGAAACGGUAGAUAUUGGUGGAGGGACUGGGGAUCUUGGACUCGCAUUGGCAAAUGCUUACGACAAUCUGCAAGUCUACGCUGCUGACCGAGAAGGAACAAUCGCGACGGGAACGGCCUCGAUCCCAUCGAUGCCGCGUCUCCACUUCGUGGCCUGCGACUUCUUUGCACCGCUCCCGAAAGCCAUUGCCCACAAGAAAAUCUAUCUGCUCCGACGGAUUCUGCACGAUUGGUCAGACAAGUUCUCAGUCAAGAUUAUCCAUAACCUAUUGCCAGCUCUCAAGAGUGGAGCAAAGAUGCUCGUCAUGGACAUGGUGCUACCAGAGCCUGGAGCACUGCCUGAGUCCCUGGACCGCACGAUUCGUGGCUCGGACUUGCUCAUGAAGCAUGUUCUUAACGGCAAAGAACGCAGCAAGAGCGAAUGGCAGAGGCUUUUUACCAGUGUGGACAGGGACCUGGUGAUCAUAUCCACAGCAAGGCCUGAAGGAAGUGCUAUGAGCUUGAUGGAGGUUGGAUUGGAGAAGGGAGGUGUCACUGGGCUCAACUAG